AUGUCUGGCCAGAAGUUCAAAGAGAAAAUCCACGAGAGAUUCAUCAUGAAGAAGAGGGAAGCCACAAUGAGUCAUUCCCCGACAAACAUUCCAAUCCCAGCAAGUCGAAGGAUCAGCGCUGUGUACCUCCGGGAGGAGACUGAAAUUCAGAAGAUUCUGCACUCUCAGCCACCUCCAGGGGAGGGGGAAAUGACUCAAACAGAGCGUGAGAUUGCAUUCUUCACAACGGCAAUCUCUGCUGAGGACGAGGAGCCCGAAUAUACGGAUGUUCAGCAGCAAUCCGAUGGGAAUUUAACGGAAGUCUCGGAGAGAUCUCUCCAUUCGGGUUCUCCUGGUCCAGGACGUGACAUUCAGGAAUCCCCAACACAUCUCGCAUCAUCCUACGUUCAAAUGGAUGAUCAUAUGCCGCUGUUUGAGCGUGUGAAGAUCCCUUUUGUCUACGAUAGAGAACUCCUGACCACUUUCGACGAAAGCUGGCGACUUUCCCGACCAAAUGUGGAGAGUACCGUGAGGAAUGUCGAGGAAGAGGGUCUCUAUAGACCUGAUAUUCCCAUGUCUCAGAGAAAAAUGCAAUGGUUUGAUCAGAUGGCAGAGGAAAGGGUUCAAAAUGCCGAUGAACCGAAUGAUGUGCGUCCCUUCCUCGAGAUCCCGGAACUCCCCAAUCCAGAGAACAUCCCCACGGUUUUCCUCUGUCUCAAGGAAGAGAACUUAAGCUACUCCCCCUACAUGCUAGAUCACAAAAUCCUCACUAUUCACAUCUCUAAAAUCCAUUUUGCGCAUCAUCCUCUCUUUUCUGAAGAACACGUCCUAGCUCAGAGAGUUGAGGAUCUCUUUCAUGCCUAUCGAGAGUUGCAAAAAUCUGAUUUAGCUGGAAAGUACCGUCAAAGCCUCAUCACACUCCGGAGAAUAACAAAGGAGCUCCAGAAGGACUCUAAAACUGAUCCAAUUGCAUCAAAAUUAGCCAAACAUCGGGAGGAAUUGCAAAAAACGCGAAAUAAAUUGCACGAAGAGGAGCAAAAGGUCAGGGAGAACCUCAAGGAUCUCCUCAGUGAGUACAAGAAAUUGAAAAGUCUGCGGGAAAAGCAAAAAUUCAAUCUGACCACGACAAAAUUGGCAAUUACGGCAAUUGAGACGUCAAAGGAGGAAGAUGAAGCUGCAUUUGAGAGAGAUUUUAAUGAAGAACUAGAGGAGUUGAUCGAGGAGGCGUUCCAGGAGUACCUGGAUGAGAAGAAAAAAUACAAAGAACUCGUAAAAUCCAUCAAGGAAGACGACAAAGUUCCAGAUCCCAUUGAGAAGCCCAAUUCUGAUGAGAUUAAAAAGAAUCUUCAGGAAAUUUACUCAAAAACCCGAAGAGGUGUCGGUGAGCCAAUAGUUACGGUAGCCCUGUCGAAGAUCGAGAGAUCAGACGCGAAGAAUAAUCCAAAAGAAGCUAAUCGAGUUAGGAAAUUAGAAAAUACAAAGUUUCUCAUAAAAAUUUCACUAAAUGACGAUGUUGUGGACAUUGUAAGAGAUCUUCACAGUGACGAUCGUUUCGAGAUCGCAGUCAAUACAUCAAUCUCAGUACGAUUGAUACGAAAACUUCCGGAGAAGAUCAAGUUGCAGAUCUUUGAAGCACAAACUAUGAUUCCUCGUUUCAAGAUUGCCUCAAUAGCGCUUCCGCUUCCUGAAGAUCGCGAUCUCUACGAUGAUUGCCCCAUCAGAACUUUUCCCUUUGCCAACGAUCGCGAUGUUCCAAGUGAUGUUGGAGUUGGAAGUGGGAAGUAUUGUCAAAUUGAGGGGAUCAAGGAUCUCUAUACUCGUGGAAAGAUUUACCUUAAAAUCGGUUGGGCACAGAAAGGAGAAAAGGAUGAUCACCAAUCGGAAAUUCAGGAUCAUCACGUGCGAGCUGCAGCAAGAAAAUGGCGUGAUAGUCACUGGGAUCCUCUUGAUCCUGAAAAUAAUUUCACCUCAAUGCACCAAAUAAAUGAUCGCUCUAAUGCUACAGUUGAUCAAAUUCCCCUCACAGACAUUCAAGAUGAUGAGAAACUCACAUUCUGUCCACCGGAAGUUGUUGAAAACAACACAAGGCUCAACUUGUUGAUUGAACGAGCCAGACUCACUGCACAGUUCAAGGAUAUGAAGCUAAUACCUCAGGAAGAGCGCGAGAUUCAGCUGAGAAAGGACAGCAAGAUCAUUGAUGAGACAUUGGGAAUGGAUCCAAUUGAUUUGUCUCGUCAUCAAGGGAAGAAAGCCAUCCUCAAGAUAUUCUCAAACAUUGCUCAGAUUAAUGAAAUUGCAAACAGAGAAAAUGAGGAUUCUAGACUACUCUUUAGGGAAGACGCUCCAUCACUGAGGGCACUUGGAGAGGCAAUUCUGGGAUUUCUGGGGACAAAGAGACCCCUCAAACCAAUGAUUAAGAGAAAUCAAUCAUUGAAGCCAACCUGCCGUCUCGAUGACUGCGACAAAUUCACGAUCACCGUUAACGUAGCUAGAGCCUUUGGGAUACCUUCUCGUACCGAUGAUCCACCUCAAUCAGUACGCCGGAGCAGUAAUUUGUCAUCAACUCAACAGUCAUUUAGGACUGUUAAUGUUAGGCCGUACGUGGUUGUAAGUUUCAAGGAUAAAACAGCUAGGACCUCAACAGCUGAAGGCUCUAAUCCAACAUGGAAUGAACAGCUACAGAUUCCAAUAAACUUGAAAAUGGAUCAACUGAAAGGACAUCUUUGCAUCCAACUGUUCGACGAAUAUAUUGACGAUUUGCUUGAAGAUGAUCGCGUUGGGAUGUCAGAAAUCUAUCAGAGGAUCUCAAGGAAAUGGAUUGGAGAACUGAGAAUUCCCAUAACGAGCAUUUACAUGAAUCAAAGGAUUGAAGGAACAUUUGAAUUAAAUUCUCCAAAAAUCCUCCUUGGCUACUCAAAAGCAUCGCUGAAUACCGGAAGUUUGGCAAUGUUCUCGGAGAAUCUUCCAGAUACCAGAGGACCUAUCUACCUAUCUUUAUUUGUGGGACUGGAACCUAACUUCGAUAUACCCUACUUUACAACAAGGCACCUCGAAUGCAUUGAAUCGGAUCAAGUGAAGGCCACCAUCCAGUACUGGUGCAUGGAGUUUUCCAAUGAAUUUCCCCAUCGUUUUGCUGAUCCUCUCGUUACGUUGUCAACGGGAAAGCGCGUGACGGUGACAAAGCUUUUGGGUUCUCUGGAAAUUCCUUUUGAUCUCAGGGAAGCAUCCAGUGAUUGCUUGAUUAGGCGCUUUGUCUCUCUCAUCCCAGUCCUGCAGACAACGGAUCCAUGUAGCCAGUUGACUGGAGUUUGGCUGACAAAUAGUGAAAUUCUCAGCAAUUUCUACGCAACCCCAAAGGACCUUGCUGUCCUCCUCACGUGCUUCUACAUCAAUUUAGAUUACAACGUUUGGUUGGUUUUUGGUGAGGAACGCGUCACGGGACCCACCUGCUACGUUCUUACGAGAGAAAGUGGCACAUUUUACCUUAUUGAUCCCCCAUCGGGAAGGAAGUUUAGCAGCAGUGACACGUACUGUCCCCUCGUGAAGGUCUCCCUUCUGGCCAAUCAACACAAUGUCUGGGGAAACAUACAGAGUGAGAAGCGUGUGUACCUCACGCAAUUUGACGUGAAGAAAUCCGUCGAUUGGAGGCCAGUCUUCCGGAAGACCAUUGACAUCCCCGGAGAUUUCCUUCAGGACACAACGUACGAGUACAAGAGAACAUUCCCCAUUUCUGAUUUGCAGAAAAUGAUUGAGAUGAAGCUGAUGAAGAAGAUAAGUCAGUGGCGUGGACAUCGAAAAACAAUCUGGAAUCGCUUCCUGCGUGAUCAGCUCCGGAGUAUCCUUGUUGAAUUGGAAUCCUCCACGAGCAAUGAGUUGAGUGUUGAGGAGCAAAUGGAGAAAAUUAAUGUUUUCCUCAUGACAUUUAGGGCAGCAGGAUUCCCCCUGAAUGUCCCCUACUACAGCCUCUCGCAGAUUGUGGAGCGUGUCAAGAGCACCGGGAUGCACUUGAAUCUCGACAAUCGCGUGGAGUUUGCUCUUGCCGUGCACAUUCAUCCGUAUGAGAAUUGUAUCCUUUCCGUGUGGAUCUUCCUGGUGUCCCUCCUGCCAAAGAUUUAA